AUGGGCUUCCAGGGCUUUUCGGGCCUCAAAGGUUCCUCUGGUUUCUUAGGUCCUGUUGGCCCAAAAGGUCUGCAGGGGGAAAAAGGAAACAGUGGCGAUGCCGGAUCCAUGGGCAUUCCAGGGCCAAUCGGCGAUCCUGGCCCACCUGGGCCGAGAGGUCCUAAGGGUGCUUCGGGUGAAUUGGGCGAGCGCGGAGAUGCUGGACCUCCUGGACCCUCUGGAGAACGCGGAGACGACGGCCUAGAGGGUCAGCCAGGCCCACAAGGCGAAGCUGGAAAGAAGGGUAUCCUUGGUGACCCGGGCCCCAUAGGCGACAAAGGCAUUCGAGGUGACAUCGGAUACCAAGGUCCUCGUGGUGAUCCAGGAAGCCCAGGAGAGCCAGGUCCAGCAGGUCCAGUCGGCCUGAAGGGGGUCAAAGGAGAAGAAGGCAUGGUAGGGCCCCGUGGACUUCCUGGAGAAUCGGGUCCCAAGGGGGCAAUAGGGGCAGCUGGCCUAAAGGGGGUACCUGGCAAGCUUGGCAGACAAGGUGAGCGAGGUCGCUCCGGAGAAUUAGGAGAUGCUGGAGCAGAAGGACCGUUGGGGCCGGAGGGGCCCCAGGGUGCUCAGGGUCGUGAAGGAAGGCCUGGACCAGAUGGCAAAAUUGGUACAAUUGGCCCAAAGGGGGAUCAAGGCGAGAAAGGUCUUGAAGGGCUAGAAGGAUCGGAUGGAGCCAAUGGACAGGUGGGUCCCCCAGGACCUAAAGGAGUUCGAGGAGACUCAGGAGCUCCAGUAAGUUUUCUUUAA